AUGCUCAUGAGAAUGAAAACCGACGCUGCUGAGGCGCGCUAUGUGGAGCCCUUCCCAGAGGCCGGCGCGGCGGAGGAUGCUGAGGCGGGCGCCGCACAGUUGGAUCACCGCAUUGGUUCGUGGGCCGACGUGGAGAUCCCAGAGGAGGAAGAAGUGGAGGAAGCAGAGGAAGCAGAAGGAGACUUUGAAACCUGGACCAAGAGCUUACAGGACCUGUGCCGGCGUCUACAGCCCGAAGUGGGCCGGGGCGAACGGAGCGAAAAGCUCUCGGCGGAAGAGCUGCUGCAACGCAUCCGAGCGGCGCUGAAAAGCGGAGAUUGGCUCAACAUCACGGCUGCCGUGUGGACUCCACGUGGGCCCGACAUGAUAUCGGUGGUGAAGCAACUGCCGGCUGCUGAGCUGGUGGCAUUUUCCAAAGCCUUGGUGGAUCGCUAUGACUAUCCACGCGAGCGCCUCAAUUGCGAAAGAUGGCUUACACAGAUCUUGGAGCAUGGGUCGCAUGCGGUGAUCGACUCCGAAGCCUUCAGGGAGGAAGUGAG